AUGGAAUCGUGGUCGGACAGGGAUGCCAAGGUGGAGGUCACACGGCCAGAAGGUUUCCUGAUGAAGGUAGCUCUGCAAGCCAAAGUUGAUUUGUCUCCAGACGAAGUCUACGAUAUCUUGACGGCGCCAGACAAUGCUUCCGUCUUCAAGGGAAUAAAGAAAGUGCCUUACAGGAAGGUGCUACAGGAUGAUGGCAGGGGAAAGCAGAAGGUGGAGGUGGAACAGCUGGCGGCGUGGAAGUUUCUCAUGUUCAGUGGCAGCUUCGCCACCCGCCUCUAUGUGUUUCAGGACAAGCGGCGCCACAUUGUGGAAUUCCGGCUUGCGCGGCCCGGGUUGAUGAAGGAUUUUGCUGGGACGUGGCGGGUGCAGCCCUUCACACAAGAUGCAGUGGGCGCGCUAUUCAAGGCCGACCAGCCGCAGGCGCAGAACCCCUGGCACAGCCUCACCAACACCCUCAACAGCUAUUUGGGUGACAGAAAGGUGAAGGCGACUCUUGUGUCACUGGAGCAGUCAUUGGAGCCUGCUGUGCGGCCGCCCAAGGCCCUCGAAGGCCUUGUCAAAGGUAUUGCAGUCUCGCAGCUGCAGGGGCUCUUGAAGGACCUGAGAGAGGAGGUGCCUCGAAUCAAGGCUGGCAGCAAGAAGCAGAGGAAGCAGGUCAUGUGGCUGGAGACAGACCUGCAGGACAGGCACAGCUGGGCGCUGAGGGGAGGGUCUCCCAUGGGUGUAAAUAGGCGCUGCUAG